AUGACUGGUCGUAUUAAAGGUGGUAAAGGCUUGGGAAAAGGUGGCGCUACACGUCACAGGAAAGUGCUCCGUGGUAACAUCCAAGGUAUUACCAAGCCAGCUAUUAGAUGUUUGGCUCGUCGUGGAGGUGUAAAACGUAUCUCUGGCCUGAUUUACGAAGAAACUCGUGGUGUUCUGAAGAUGUUUUUGGAAAACGUUAUUCGUGAUGCUGUCACCUACACCGAAUAUGCUAAGCGUAAAACCGUCACCGCUAUGGAUGUCGUUUAUGCUUUUAAGAGACAAGGUUUCGGCGGUUAA